AUGGGCUGCGAUGAUAUCUACUCGAUCAACUCGACAACGUACAGGUUUUGCAACAGCAGCUAUUCCCAGCGAUGGUUUGUGGUGGAGUACUACCAAGGCAGGGAGUCGGGGGCCGCCGUCUUCCUCGCGGUCCUCACGGCGGCCGUCAUGUUCGUGCUCGGCAUCAUCCUCGUCGGCCUCAGCCUCCUGGGCCGCCUCUCCGGCCGCGCCGCCCUCAACCCCACCGUCCGCGUCUUCCUCUAUGCGUCCUUCUCCCUCUUCCUCCCCCUCAUGUCCUACAUGUUCUCCCAGGCCAAGGAAGAGGCCGCCAAGCAGAAGAUGCAGAAUCUGGACAGCCUAAGUGCCGGAGAUCUGCCGUUCCGUGCCCAGGUCAUCCUUGUCUGGAUGCUCAGCGUGGAGCUCCUGCGCAAGAAGCUGGAUGCCAUCCUCACUGCCAUGAGCUCGUCCCCGCUGCGCACAGUCCACCACCAGCAGACGCUCUGGGAUGCCAUCGACCAGAUCGUCCGCAUCGCGUGGAUCGGCUAUCUCAUCUACUCGUAUGUGCACGGCAUCCUGGAGCCGGGGUUCAUCAUCCUCUGGGUGCUCACCCUCAUCAAGGCGGCCCAGAGGGUCGCCGCCGUGGAGCUUGCCAAGCGUUCUUUUGCCGUUGGCAAGAACGCACACCUUGUCGUGGGUUACGUCGCUCAGAUGACGGAGGAAGAGGGGAUCCGAAGCGAGCAGCAGACCGGCACAAUGCUUCUGAGGAAGUGCUGGUACCCAGUCAUGGGGGAGGAGAGGCUCAAGAGGCAAGCAGGUCCCGAAGGAUACCGAGUGAAGCUACAAGAGUUGGACGACAAGAAAGACCUCGUCACCGUCGGUGACAUUUGGGAGCUGGCGGAAGGCGACCACCCGACACUGAUGGAUCUCUGCCUCGCCUUCGCGCUCUUUAAGCUGCUGCGUGCAAGGUUCCAGAACUUUCAAGUGGAGGAGGAAGUGGCGGUGAAGAACCGCGACCUCAUCUUCCGUGGCCUCAGCAACAACGAUGAUGCUGGUGGCCAAGGAGCUGAUGAUAGCACCAAUGGCGAUGAUAGAGAUGGCGACGACGACAGCAGCAGCAAACAGCUUGCGGAGAGGGCCUUCCACGUGAUUGAGCUGGAGCUCAAUUUCGUCAUGGAUUACUACCACUCAGUGGUCCCCGUGGUGCUUUGCAGCCCAUGGUUCCUUGUAGGCAACUACUUCUUCGUGUUCUUCAUCGUGGUGAACCAGGCCGUCAUUGCCCUCGUCAUCACCGGCAACGGCGCCCUUCUACCCGUCAUCGGCUGCCUCGCCCGAGACGUCGCCACGCUAUCUCGCCGGGCGAUCGUCCUCUUCAAGUGCCUCGGCCACAAGGUGCUCCAGACCACCAUCGACUUGUUCUCGUCCUUCAACAUCCUGGUGAGCCUCCUGCUCUUCCUCACCUUCCUUGUCAUGGAGGCGUGGGAGUUCGUGGUGUACGUGCUCUCCGACUGGCUCCUGGUGUCCCUGCUGUGCGAGUACGCACGGGCCCAGGUGGCAGUCCUCACGGCGUGCAUCCUCGACCUCCGCCAGCACACGCCGUGGGUGAUCGCCUCCAAGCUGCUGCAGCACCGGUUCCUCGGGAUGCCGUCGGUGCCCGUGCCGAAGGAGGUGAAGCACGCGGUGUUCGCCUCCCUAAGGGCAAAGGGCGGCAGUGGCGAGCCCCUCAGCAAUGGGGUGGCCGUGCUGCACCGCCGUGGCUACCAGCAGCUCCUGUGGGCUUGCGACAGCAGGAGUGUCACCGAGGUCAUCCUCGUCUGGCACAUCGCCACCUGCCUCUUCGAGAUGAAGAACUCAGCUCAGGCGGCGGCUGGGGCUGGGAGGAGCACGGAGGAGACGGUUGGCGCGACACUGUCCAAAUACUGCGCCUACCUGGUGGCCUGUGCGCCGGAGCUCCUCCCGGAGGACCUGGAGGGGUCGAAGCACGUCUACAAGGCCGCGACCCGCGACCUCCAUGGCGCCCUACGCAGGAAGGGGUGCAGGAGCGCAUCGGGGGGCAGGCUGGAGCGGGUGAUGGGCAUCGACGGCCCAGACCCCGACGCGGCGGCGACCAUGGGCGCUGAGCUGGGGAGGCAGCUGCUGGAGGAGUGUGGCUUCGGAGGUGCCAAUGUGGCGCGCGGGUGGCAGCUGCUAGCGCAGCUGUGGACCGAGCUGGUCGUGUACAUCGCGCCCUCCCGUAACAUAGAGGGUCACGCGGAGGCGUUGGCGCAGGGUGGCGAGUUCAUCACGCUGCUAUGGGCUCUGGCCACCCACACCGGCAUCAACCGCUAG